AUGAGCCAGUACGAUCCACCUGGUCUGCUUUCGCACUUUCUUAUCCACGGCCGGGUCAUUAUUCAAGACAUUUGGCGAACGAAGGCAGGCUGGGACGACACUGUCAACGAGGAGAUCCUCCAGCGAUGGCAGAGGUGGAUCAAACUGUUCGAGGAAUUAAAGAAGGUCAGCAUCUCCCGAGCCUAUUUUCCGGGUGUAAGAUCGGAAGAAAUUGAGGAUCUGCAAGUUCACGUUUUCGUCGACGCCAGUGAGACCGCUUACGCUUGCGUUGCUUACUUUCGUGCUUGGAUCCACGGCGAGUAUCGCACUGCGCUGGUAGGGGCGAAGUCGAAAGUUUCGCCACUGAAAUCUCUUUCGGUGCCAAGAUUGGAGCUCCAAGCCGCCAUCAUCGGAUGCAGAUUAAUGAAGACCCUUUGCUCCAGCCACAGUUUGCCGAUAAAACGUAGAGUUUUCUGGACCGACUCGAAGACGGUUCUAGCGUGGAUCAAUUCCGAUCAUCGCCGCUACCGUCAGUUCGUUGCGUGUAGAAUUGGCGAGAUCCUCACAAAAUCAAACACUGAUGAAUGGAUGUGGAUCCCCACAAAACAGAACGUGGCAGACGAAGCUACAAAAUGGGGAAAAGGGCCAUCCCUAGAUCCUGAAAGUCGCUGGUUCGUCGGACCGCAGUUCUUUAGAGGACCUGAAGUGUCUUGGCCACGCCAACCCAUAGCCGAGGAAACUCCAGAAGAGCUGAAGCCUUUGCCGUGCAUGGUACAGAACACCAAGCGACAAGAUGGGCUGAUUGACUGGUGUCGAUUUUCUAAGUUCGAGAGAGUAUGGCGCGCCAUCGCAUUCAUCUACCGUUUUGUAGAGAAUUUUCGUCUCAAUCAACGAGGACAGCCGUCAAAAAAUGGGCAUCUCACAGCAGACGAACUGAAUCAAGCGCAAAAUGCUCUUUGGCGUCUUGUUCAGCAGCAAGCGUUCCCGGAGGAAGUCAGGUUGUUCAAGAAGAUCGCCGAAGGAGAACGAUCAGUGAAACUGCAGAAAACCAGUCGAAUUUUCAUGCUUUCUCCUUUUAUGGAUGACCAUGGUGUAAUCCGGAUGGAUUCCCGUCUAAGAGGUGCGCACUUCGUUCCGUUUGACGCACAAUUCCCGGUUGUUUUACCGAAGAGCCAUUUGCUGACGAACCUCCUUCUAGAUUGGUAUCACCGAACUCACGCGAACAACGAAACGGUGGUGAACGAAGUACGGCAACGCUUCCACGUACCUUCUCUCAGAAUCCAGCUUCGUAAGGUGGCGGGUUCCUGUAUGUACUGCAAGGUGAAGAAGGCGAAACCAUCUGCUCCACGUAUGGCACCGCUUCCAGAUGCGAGGCUGAGUCCAUUCGUGCGUCCAUUCUCUUACGUCGGACUGGACUACUUCGGACCAUUGCAGGUCAAGGUCGGACGAUCGUUGGUGAAAAGAUGGGUGGCGCUAUGCACGUGCCUCACCAUCCGAGCCGUGCACCUGGAGAUAGUGCACUCAUUGUCGACGAACUCCUGCAAGAUGGUGAUACGACGGUUUCUGGUGCGUCAUGGAUCUCCCCGAGAACUGAAGAAGUAUUUGGAGCAGAUUGACCAGCAGUUGUCCGCAGUGUUUACGAACACCAACACCAAGUGGAUCUUCAAUCCACCGGCUGCACCACAUAUGGGUGGAUCAUGGGAGCGACUGGUUCGGUCAAUUAAAACCGCUUUCGCCGGGCUGUCGACCACGAGGAAUCCAGACGAUGAAACUCUACUCACGCUACUGAUUGAAGCCGAAGGAGUUGUCAACUCGCGACCGCUCACAUUCGUUCCACUGGAGAAUGAGGCACAGGAGGCACUCACUCCCAACCACUUCCUCUUACUCAGUUCCCAAGGCGUAACCCAACCACCCGAGCCUUUGACGGAACGCCCUGAAGCCAUGAGAAGCAACUGA